CUCGGGGGUCCGGCCGACGCUUCGUCGCUGCAGCAACCGCGAGAGCUACAGACAAGCGCGAUGCUUCGGGUCGCUGCGAGGCGUGCGUCCGUGUCGCUGCCGCACCUUACCCGUGGCUAUCCUGCGCCGUAUCCGUCGCACACCGUCCUCGGCAUGCCGGCGCUCUCGCCGACGAUGACGCAAGGCAAUGUCGAGAAGUAUUUGGUCAAGGUCGGAGACCCGAUCGCGGCCGGCGACCGCAUCGCAGAGGUUGAGACGGACAAGGCGACCGUCGACUUUGACGUCGUCGACGACGGCAUCGUGGCGAAGUUUCUCAUUCCGGAAGGCGCGCAGGAUGUCCAAGUCGGCACGCCGAUGAUUGUCCUGUGCGAGGAGGCGGGCGACGUGGCGGCCUUCGCGGACUUUGAGCCCAAGGCACCCGGCAGUAUUGCCGAGGCGGCGCCGCCGCCGACCGAAUCGGCGCCGGCGCCGGUUGCCGCACCGCCGCCACCCGUGCUCGGCGCCGCCUCGGCAGCCGGAAAGGGAGCCUCGCUGGCCGUGACGGCGUGGGGCCGCUGGACGGUCAUGGUGGCGUGAUCCGGAUCACCGGUGGCUAUCGCGCGCGGCGCAGUCGACGUGGGGGCGCGCCGGCGGCGAGGAGGGGGAGCAGCAAAGAGGAGCGACAUACCGUUAGCAGCGAGCACGCGAAUCGCGAUGCCGAUGGCCGAUGCGAGGCGCCGGCUGACGUGCGGGUGACGGAUGUAAAACGGUCAUACCGACGGCAUGGACAGUGUUGGUUGGUGAAACACGGUUUACCUCUAAACC